AUGGCUCGUCCAGUACAAUUCCGCCGUCUUUAUAACCAAACCUUUACACUCAUUCAUAAGAAUCUUCUCAUAUCCUUCAAGUCCCCUAUCGCGACCAUUGUUAAGACACUCCUUCUACCGAUUAUCAUUACCAUCAUUUUUGUCUACCUGAAAGAGAUUCAAACGGACCUUGACUCAUCCAAUGGAAUCACACGCAGCGGACAGCCGGUCCUGGACCUCGCAGAUGCCAUUGAUCUCAGUUCCUCGCAACGGCUGGUCUUUGUGAUUAAUGGGAUCAGGGACAAGCGGCUCAUCGACAUUUUAGAAGAUAUCCGAGAUGCACCAGGCAUGAAAGGUCGUGAAGUCAGGAUUAUAGAUGAGCCAAAUGGGCUGUACAAUAACUGCAGACAGUCGAUUCAUGGAACCAGCGAAUGCUUUGCCUCAGUCAUGUUCACCACCUUCAACGCAACCCAUGCCGAAUACAACAUCGCAAUCGACGAGGACGCUAUAAAGAACACUCCCUACAGCUACAGACCCGGACAGUCCGCUCUGUCGAGGCGCGUUCUACCGAUUCAAUGGGCGCUGGACUCACGAAUUGGCGGGUUCACCUCUGCGAAGAAACCAACCGAGAGAAUGUUCAGUGGUUAUUUCGACGAAUCUGGCACCAGUGGGACUGAUGUGCCAACUGAAGUAUACUGGCUCUCCAUCGUCAGUUAUUUCGCCGCUCCUUUAUUUGUGUUCCUUCUCUUAGUUGCAACCUACCAUGUCAGCAGCUUCGUGGCAGGAGAGCGACAAAACUCGGUCGCGGAACUUCUUAUGGCGCAGGGCGUCGGCACAAUUCCUCGCGUUUUAUCGAAUAUACUCUCAUUCUGCAUUCUCUAUGUUCCAGGGGUCAUCAUUUCUUCGCUGAUGCUCGGCGAGCUGCUUUUCAAAAAGACAUCCACGGGGCUUUUUUUCAUCCUCAUGCUUCUCGCCUGCUUCUCAUUCAUUGUUUCGGCCCACUGCAUGGGGUCCCUCUUUGCGAAAUCCUCGACAGCCGGCCUGUGCACUUGCAUCCUCACAUUCAUUCUCGGAGUCGCGUCGGUCGCACAGAGUUUGACCUCCUUCCGGAGCCCAGGAGAAAUAGCCGGCCUCUCGUUUGUCUUUCCUUCCUACGCAUGGGCGACCCUCAUCCGAGACAUCGCGACAGCCGAGUUCACGGAGCGAGCCUUCCCGGAUAUGCAAGCGCAGGAGCAAUCGCAGGCUAUAAAUGGAUAUCUUUUUCUCCUUAUUUUCAUCUUUCACGUAUUCGUCUACGGAGCGAUUACAUUCCUCGUGGAAUAUUUUCGAUGGGGUGUUCCACAACAACGCGAAUGGACGGUGUCCUCGGAUGAGGUGGCCCUACGAUUAGGGCAUCUAUCGAAGACGUUCAAGGGCGGUAAAAAGGCUGUAAAUGAUUUGAGUUUCGAAGUGCAGAAGGGCUCUGUUACCUUCUUGCUGGGUCCGAAUGGAAGUGGGAAGACCACCGCGCUCAAAUGUAUUUCCGGCAUGAUCAAGGUGGACCAAGGCUCUAAGAUCCAGUUCAGUCGGGAAGGGCAUUCUUUUGGCUUGUGUCCACAGAUUAAUGUCCUUUGGGAUGUGCUCACGGUGAACGAACAUGUGCGUAUCUGGGCGAAACUCAAGACUGCCGGGAGCGAUAUGUCGGUCAUUAAAAAUGCAGAUGAUGUGAUCGCCGAAUGCGGUCUCACAGGGAAAGCUCAUGCAGCAUCUGAGACGCUCAGUGGUGGGCAGAAACGUCGACUGCAACUGGCUAUUGCAUUUGCGGGUGGAUCGCAGGUGUGCUGCAUAGAUGAAGCAUCCAGUGGACUGGAUCCAUUAUCUCGUCGAAAUAUCUGGAAUAUUGUCCAGGAAGGGCGACGUCACCGAACUACUGUUCUAACUACUCACUUCCUAGACGAGGCGGAUGUUCUCGCCGACCACAUUGUUAUUAUGUGCAAAGGGCGCCUGGUGUGUCAGGGCUCUAGCACUUCGCUCAAGUCGCAAUACGGCGACAGCUACAGAAUUCGCAUGGGUGACGACGGCGAAAUCGCCUGCAAGGCGGCAACGUCCGCAGAAGCUACUCAAAAGGUACUCGAACUUGAGAGGAUACGAGAUGGCCUUGCCUGCCAUGUCACCUUCCCUACCCUUGAGCAGGUCUUCUUAAAGACCACCUCGGAAUACGGCACUGCUGUCAACGCAAUCGGUGGUGAUGGCGUUGUCGGGGAGCAGGAGACAGCCGAGGAUUCAAUCACGCCCGUUGAAGAUAAGAUUCUCGCCAUGGAGAGUGAAUAUGCCGGUCAGGACCUGGACCUGGAUGUCGGACGCUCAGUAGGAGCUUUCCGACAGAUAUGGGUGCUCUUCCGAAAGCGUUGCCAGUUGCUCAUGCAGUGGUCUGGACUGACUGUGUACGCGGUCAACCUUAUCAUCCCGAUUCUGGUCGCAGUGGCCUUGACCAAUGGCUUGUAUGAUUGGAAGGCCCUCGACACGUGCGAGAAUGCGUACCAGAGGUAUGAACAUCCCAGUGGGGCUGAAUUUGCUCCGUUGAUGGAGGCGAUGACGCCGAUGAUUCCGAUGGUUACGGGAAAGGUCUCUGCUGGCAUCCUGGGGCCACAGCGGGCAGUUUCUGGCGCUGUUCAGGAUGCGCUCUAUGUUGAAAACAUUGCGUCGAUGUUCUCCGGGUCCCAGUCCCAAACUUUGAAAAGCAGAACCCUUGUCAACAGCCAAGAUGAUUUUGAGAAAGCUAUGUUCAAAAGCGGCGGCAAUGUCCCUUUCGGCAUAUACGCUCCUACGCCGGAUAACGCUAUCUUUUACCAUGAUGCAAGCUCGUACUAUGCUGCAAACGGAAUCGAUGGCUUCAGCUUCCUGACGAAUCGACUUGCCAACUCGACAGCGAACAGUCAGGCCAGGCUAGUCUCGACAACCCUGCGGACGUUUCGCCAUAUAGUGCCGGUGCAUGACUGGAGGAAUAUGCCUAUCGCAAUUCUAAUAGUAGUCGCCUUCAUGGCAGCUGUAUCGACGACUGCCAUAUAUCCAAUGUAUGAGCGAGUCUCCAAAGUCCGGGCUCUGCAAUAUAGCAAUGGUGUCUCCCCGUUCGCACUCUGGACCGCCUAUCUUCUAUUCGAUUUCCAGUUCAUUCUUAUCGAAGCUCUGGUCAUCUACGGACUCCUUUUCGUCAACCCGAUCAACCAUGUCUGGUACCGACCGGAUUGCAUUUUCGGCGCGUUUAUUCUGUUUGGAAUUGCAUCCUACCUCGGUGCAUAUCUCAUUUCCAACAUGGUUCGUCGCGGAGGUUUCUUCGCGGCGUUGUCAAUUCAUAUUGUACUGUUUGUCGUCUACUUUAUCUCCUACGUCGCGAACCAGUAUAGUGGCUCGGUAGAUUCUCGACAAGACAUCUACGACUCUCUCCAAGCCGGCCUUGGUCUCAUCGCUCCGGCUGCAAAUCUCGCCCGCGCCCUCUUCAUCGGCAUGAACACGUUUGAUGUCCUCUGCGGAAAGUUCGGAGACCGAGAUACCUCCUACCCUUUUGCUUACGAACUUUAUGGCGGUGUCUACGCAAACCUGACUUACCAAUGCCUCUUUCUCAUUGGUUGCCUAGCGCUUUAUGAGUACGGCAGCACAGACUGGCUCAGACCCUUGUUUUUCUGGCGUCGAAAGCUUCCCGCGAGAGUACAUCAUAGAGUGGACGAUACAGAGAUGACUUCCUUUGAGAGCACGCGGAAUAUUAUCGGCGGGGAGAGAUCGCAGUGCGUGCCAGACAAUGCAAUCCUCGAAGUCGAUCGCGUCAGCAAAUACUUCGGGAGCUCGUUCGCUACCCAGAAUGUCUCGCUUUCCAUCUCGUCGAACGAAACUCUCGCACUGCUGGGUGGGAACGGUGCCGGUAAGACGACUACUAUUAAUAUGAUUCGUGGGGAACUGAAACCCGACUACGGAAAUAUCUUGGUGAAUGGUAUCUCGAUGUCACGACAACCUGGACAAGCGAGGUUGCAUAUCGGGGUGUGUCCGCAGGACGAUGCGGCUGAUAAUUUGACCGUGAGGCAAACGUUGGAAUUUUAUGCCGCUGUUAAGGGGCUGCAAAGGGUCAAAGAGAACGUGGAUGAAGUCAUGAAUGCGUUGGAUAUCACGCAGUACCAGAAGGUGGCGGCGAAGGCGUUGAGCGGUGGAACUAAAAGGAAGUUGACAGUUGCGAUCGCUUUACUUGGGAACCCGUCUCUGAUUCUACUCGACGAGCCCUCGACCGCACAAGAUGCAGGCGCGAAGCGGAUUCUAUGGCGGGCACUGAAACGGAUUCGUACCAACAGAGCUAUCCUGCUCACAACCCAUAGUAUGGAAGAGGCUGAAGCGCUGGCUUCAAGCGUUGCGAUUAUGCGAACUCGACUGCUCGUUUCCGGGACGCUAAACUCCCUCAAUGACACCUAUGGCGGUGCUUUCCGGUUACGAGGUGUGCGCUGCGAAGACGUCGGUACUGAAAUGGCCAAGCACGAAGUCACGAGGUCCUUCACGAAGGCAGGUCUUCAUGCUAUGAAGUAUUCUGAUAUGAGAGGAUUGAUCCAAUUCUUUGUCAAGUACGAGAAGCGCAAUUUGGGACAGAUUAUGUCCAUCAUGGAGGGUUUAAAGGGAAGUCCGCCGACCAUGGGUAGCCAAGCUCAUGCCGGCAGCGCUGGGUCUUUGACCUCAGGAACGAAGACGAUGAAGGUGUUUGAGGAGUAUACCUUGAUUGAACCGACUUUGGAGGAAGUUUUCAUGAAUGUUGUUCAAGAAGCCGAGGAUUCUGAAGGACUGUGA